AUGCCGCGGCCUCUCUGGUCCUAUGUAUUGGACGGCCUCCCAGCCGCCCCCCCGGCCGCCCCCCGGAACGUGGUUCUCGUGAUAGACGGCCUCCAGGCCACCCCCCUGACCUGGCCCGGCUUGAUGGACGGCCUCCCGGCUGCCCGCCGGAUCUCCUACGUAUUGGACGGCCUCCCGGCCGCCUCCCGGAACACAGUGGACAUUCAUAAGGAGAAGGUGGCACGUCGAGAAAUUGGUAUUCUGACCACGAACAAGAACACGUCUCGCACCCACAAGAUCAUUGCUCCGGCAAACAUGGAGCGGCCCGUGCGCUAUAUCCGGAAACCCAUUGACUACACUCUGCUGGAUGAUGUGGGACAUGGUGUCAAAUGGCUUAAAGCCAAGCAACACGGGAACAAUGCAGCAGGACGAGGAGGGACUGUUUCCAGGACCAACCCUCCCUCACAGAAACCUCCAAGCCCCCCCAUGGCGGGUCGGGGGACUCUCGGGCGUAACACUCCUUACAAGACUCUGGAGCCAGUGAAGCCCCCAGUGGUGCCCAACGACUACAUGACGAGCCCGGCUAGACUGGGCAACCAGCACAGCCCCGCACGCACUGCUUCACUCAACCAGAGACCCCGCACACACAGUGGCAGCAGCGGGGGCAGUGGGGGCAGGGAGAACAGUGGAGGCAGUGGAGGUGGUGUCCCCCUCGCCGUUCCCACCCCGUCUCCUCCUGGUAUGGGCCAAGCUGCAUCCUCAGCAUCCGUGCCACAUGGUCCCGGUUUGGGUCCCAUCCCCAUGUCCCAGUUCGGCACCAUCUCCCGGCAAAUUUCCCGCCACAACUCUUCCACCACCUCCUCAGCCUCCAUGGUGUCGGCCACUGGCACUUACCGCCGCGCUCCUUCCGCCUCCUCCCAGCAGCCCCACAUCAACGGAGGCCCAACGUUCCCACAGAACCCAGCUCCUUCAGCAUCUGUGGCUCCUCCUCCUCCAGUGGUCCAGCUGACCCCCCAGAUCCCUUUGACUGGUUUUGUGGCCAGAAUGCAGGAGAGCAGUAAGUAA